UGCGGAAAGUAACCAGUCAAAUAAUCCAACUCCACAAACGUAACAAUCCCAACCAUACCCACUGCUAAAAGAUGGGCUGGAGACCAUCUUGGAAACCAGUCUAAAUGAAUGAGCACACCAGUCUGAAUAUACUGCGACCAGUCUGAGCAAUUGGAUUACGGUAUCUUGGGAUGCCACAAGUCUAAAAAUCUCAACACACCAUUCGUUUAAAGCUCAAUAGGCUGCUUAUCUUACCAGAUCAAGAGUUUCCCAAUUGGUUUAUAAAACUCCAAACAAGAUUAUUGUCCAAUACAGUUCAAGAUAGCCAUGGACGGCUCUGGAUCUCUGAACAAUAGAUGGUGGAAGGAGGAGACAGUGGGAGUGGUAACAGGGGCCAACAAGGGCAUUGGGUAUGCAAUUGUUCAUCAGUUAGCAGAGAAUGGGAUUUGUGUGAUAUUAACAGCAAGAGAUGAAGAAAGAGGUAAGGCUGCUGUCAAGACUCUUAAUGAUCAAGGGUUUCAUAAUGUUGUGUUCCAUCAGCUGGAUGUGCAGGAUGAAAGCAGCAUCCAGGCUUUUGCCAAUUGGGUUAAAGAAAAAUAUGGGAAACUGGAUAUCCUGAUUAAUAAUGCUGCAGUAUUGGGACUUGCAAUAGAUUAUGACAUUUUGAAGGCCAACAACAGUGAUCCUGCCAAAUUUUUUACUUCCCUUGAUAUCACAAUGGAAGGAAUAUCUGACACUUAUGAAAUGGCAAAGGAGUGCAUUGAGAUUAACUACUAUGGCACUAAAAGAAUGGUCGAAGCUUUUCUGCCUCUUCUAAAACUUGCCAGUGAAGGUGGUGGUAGAAUUGUAAAUGUCUCCUCUCGUGCUGGGGUCUUAGAGUACAUUCCAAGCGAGACGUUGAGGCAACAAUUGAGCAAUCUUAAUGGUUUGACAGAGGAAAGAAUCGAUGUGUUUCUCCAUAAUUUUUUAAAGGAUUUUCAACAAGGGCUAUUGAAAAGCAAUGGUUGGCCUAUUAGAUAUCCAGCCUAUUAUAUUUCUAAGGCUGCUCUAAAUGCUUAUACCCGACUUCUUGCACUCCAGCAUUCUGAUUUGUACGUCAAUUGUGUUCACCCAGGAUUUGUAAAGACUGAUAUGAACUUUAAGAUAGGAAGGCUACCAAUUGAUGAAGGAGCAAAAGGUCCUGUCAUGCUAGCCCUUCAUCCUCUAGGCUCACCUUCCGGUCAAUAUUAUGAUCAAACUGAAAUAGGUAGCUUUGAUAUUUUGCCUAAAGUGGAGGGUUUAUAGUUAGAAAAUAUUGAGCACCUUUUUAAUUUUUGUUUAUUAUUUACUUCUUCCUCCAAAGCUAGAUUUAAUGAAGUAUCUAUCCAUCAUUGAUGAAAUGGUUGUAUAUGUACCAAUAGUAUAAUAUAUUUAAUUAUAAAUUUAAUAAA